UAAACAGAAGGAAAAACGAUGGAGGUUCCCGGACCGUCCCACCAGGACUCCACGUCCAACGAGUUACUAAGAUGUUUCAGGGAGAUAAUGGACGCCGUCCGCAAGCUGAGCGACACGGACUGGAAGGCUUUGAACGAGGGCGUCCCAAUUAAGUUCUCAAAGCUGCAGUUCGCCGCACUGUGCACAGACAUCGUAAGAUCUGUGUUGGGAUGUCUGCUGAUCGAUAGCUUGCUGCUGUCGACGAUGGAGAGAAUCGGGAUGGAAGAGGUUCUCCUGGUAGCGGAGAAUUUGAAGCAAGAACUUGGAGACGCGACUACGUCUACGUCUCCGGCUCAGAUGUCACCAGAAGACCCCGCUGAUCGCAUCGACAACAAAGCUGCGGAAGUCUUCAGCGAAAUGAGCGCCGCUAUGAAAGAGGCUAUCCGGCGGGUCGCCUCAGAUAAGAGGGGGAAGGGAAGGGAUGCGCAAGUGGCGAGUAAGAAAGCCUCUUUUGGACAAGAGGUCCAGACCAAAAUCGUGGCCUGGGAGAUGCCGAGUAGCCUGUCCGAUAGUCUGCCUGAGGGAGGGGGUCAAUCAAAGGUGCUUACCGAUUCGAUGCUAGUCGAUGUCGAUUGCGCAUCCAGCAGCAAUGUAGGCAAAUGCUCUGCAAACGUGUUUAAGACUAUCAAAAACAAGGUGACCAGAUUCUUUAAAGUGUCCAAGAAAACCUCACCAGAUAAGGACACCAAACAAACCCCUCCUUCAUCGAAUGAAAUGGCUAAACUGUCCAAUCAGGGAACGCUUGGUGCCAAAGAAGAGAGCUCAGUUCAGAGCUCCACAUCCUCUGAAAGUGCAUCAACCACAGUAAAGGAGGCAGAUUUGCUCGAGGACCCGGUUGCAGACGUGCAGCCGGACGUUCCUCUCGAGGCGACUGCUUCCAGAUUUGUGGAGGACACACCUAGACCAAGUAAGCCGUGUUCCUCAGCCAGAAGAUUCUUCAGAAGAGUCCAGAAAAGGGUACGUGGAUUCGUUUCGGCACUCAGAAGAUCCGAGUCCCCAAAGAAAGAGACGGCGUCUGAACCAUCGCGUGUUCAUCGUAGCCGGUCUGACUCCAUUCUCGACACGGCAUGGGUGAGGAACGUCCAGCAGAAGGAUUCUCUUCCAGGGCUUUCACCUCUGCUCAUGAUGUUUGUAGAGGAAUCGAUCAGGCGGCUACUCGUCGACCUGCUUCGUCACCACUCGCUUCCACUUGGUCGAUCAGAUUUACCAAACGUCCCUGAAUUCGGCUCAAACGAUAUCGGCAUCUACGAUAAGUUUACAGUCGCGGUGGGCGGUUUAACUCAAACGCUUGCACAUUUAGUCAUGGAGUCUUUUAAGACAAGCUCAGGGGAAGUGAACCUUCCUGGGGUAAAGCAAGUGGACCAAAGUGUCAUUUCGGACGUCUGUACCGUGAGCACCAAGCCUGGCAGAUCAUCAACACCAGCUUGCAGUGCUCUGGUCCGUGAGCCAGUGGGUAGCAGCCCCGCCCAGGUAAAAGACACCUGUAUUCCAGAUGAGGUUCCUGCACCCGUGGAGAAGAGAGGAUCUGGGCUUCCCGUUACCAAAAUGAGUAAAGCCUACAAGUUCAUUCUAAGCCUGAAGAGAUCAGACAAAGUGCAUCCUGUCUACCUGGAGUCCGUCACCCAUCGGAGGCCCUUAAGUGGAGAUCUGCAGGAGGGUUCACGUGGAACACCAGAGGUAUCGGCGUCAUCCUCCAAGAAGCUUCGUGGACGUCUGCGCAGGAUGUUCUCCGCCCUUUCCAAGGCCGUCCCCAAACCCUUCAAACACCGUUCGACCCCCGCCGAGUAAAACUUCAAUAAAUCCGUCAAUAAAG